AAAAAUAUAAAUAAACUUAAGAAAAAAUGGGUAAGUUCAACAAUUGAUUAAUAUAAAUAGAUUUAAUAAUUACACCUAUAAUGAUUUUAGAACAAGACAUACCGUCUCCAAAACGACCCAGUAAAAAAAUAAAAAAGAAAUCUAAACCUAUUACUUUCGAAGAAGGCUCUUCUUCAAAUGAUCUAGUCAUUGUAGACGAAAUUACUACUCCACCUAAAGCUAAAGCAGUAACACCAGUUAAAGCUGCUUUACCAUCGACUUCCAGCUCGAGUAAAAGACGAAAAAAACGAGAUAGCGCUUCAAGUGAUGAAGAACGUUGGUUAACAGCGAUAGAAUCUGGCAAGUUAGAAGAUGUAGAUGACGAGCUGAAGAAAAUCAAAUCUAAAGAUCCAGCGCUUAUGACAGCUAGACAGAGGGCUAUGUAUGAUAGGACUGGAGAGGGAACGUCAUCUGUGGCCACCCCAACAUUAAUGUCCCUGCCAACAGGAUAUAAGGAAAAAGUAAUGACAGCAGAGGCUAUUCAAAAAGCAGCAAUUAAAUCCCAAAAACGAAAACAACUGGCAGACGAAAAGAGAGAAAAGGACAAAAAGAAAACAAUGGAGAAACUACUUAAAAAGCAAGACUCCAAAGCUAUUAAACAAGCCAGGCCUAGAGUGGUGAGAACCACAAUUCCCUCAGUACUGUAUAAACAAACUUGUGAUAUAACAAUCUUGGCAUUUCCAGAGGGUUUUGAUUUUCCGUUGAAAGUUCAACAAGCUCCAAAAGUUUCUCCACCUGUUUAUUGCAGUAUGGGGUGUGGUAACAUCAAGAAAUACUCUUGUUCUCAAACUGGGGUUCCUUUGUGCAGUCUACAGUGUUACAAAAAUAAUAUUGCAAGGAUUAUUAUUUAGAUUAAAAUAGUAUUAUGUUCCGAUUUAAUGUAUUUAAUUUAUAAAUAUCAUAAUAUAGAUAAAUUAUAGCU